AAAAUCUCCCGUGGAUUUAUAGCCUCCCAAUUCCUAACGUUGCUGCCAAUUCGAGAAGCAAAAGCAACCCGGCCUCGCUUAAGCCGUCUGUUGGCGGCCCAUAAUGGCUAAGCUGCUAGGCUUGAAGCUACAAAGCACGCUCGAGCUAUUUAUUGAUUGAAAUUUUAAUUAUUGAUUGAAUUUAUUUUCCUCCCUGAGGAGACCAGUUGCGACAGGCACAAGUUCGAAAAGAAAGCUUAAGGCCACUUAAAAUAACCCGAAAUCCAUUGCCAUUGAAAAUGUCUUUAAAAAAGCAGUCACGGUUAAAAAGAUUCUUCCGUCCAACGACCUUGGGGUACACACAGAAGUGACCUUAUAAUCUAUUUUUCCUGGAUAAGAACGCAUCUGUGGAACCAAGUUCUGAUUGUCGAGGAACUUACCUGUGUGUGAUGAUGGAGGAUAUUUAUUACAAGUCACUUGAAAAUGAAGCAGUUGGACAGUUAACUGCAUUCUUGUCGAGAGAAACAAUGCCACAGGACAGCAUUGGCGUCAGCAGCAAGAAUAUCAUCCUGAAUGCAGGCCAGUGCUCUGAAGAACAUGUUCUGAAAUGCACAUUCAAGGCCUGUGAUCCAGAACAAACAGGAGAGGUGUCUGUCUUCCGAAUCAUUGAAUACUUGCAGGAGAUGACAGGGCAGAACUGUGAAGACUGGAGGUUUCGGUCUCUAUAUAAGAGGUUGGACCCUCAAGAGAAAGGGAUUGCUGUUGAUUUUUCUACCUUCUGUGCAGUUAUGAAAGAUUGGAUCUCAGACUGUCGACAAGAGGGGGAAGAUGCUGUAGACCUAACAAACAGCAUCCAAGAUCUGCAACAUGGCAACAAGCAGCUAGCAGUGCAGAACACCAAGCUGCAAAAGACUAUUGAGGCUGCAGAAGAGCUCAACUCAAGACUCUCUGAGGAGAUCUGUGACCUGAAGGGGAAGCUGAAAGGCACCCAGCCAGCCUUGGAACAAGCUAGGGUCAUGGCAAAUGAAUUAGAGGAUCUGAAGGUUUUCUCAAAAAGUCUGGAAGAAGAAAAUAGUAAAUUGCACACACAAGCCCGACAGCUGGUAAAAGAGCAGCAGUUCCUUUCUGUUCAAUUGGAUAAAGUGCAGGAGAUGAACAAGAAACUGCUUCUGGAGAAAGAAAGCUCAAAAUGUAAAAUCAAAGACCUGUUUACAAAGAAGGCUAAAAUGAAGUCUCAGAUCUCUGAAUAUGAAAACCUUAUCUCCUGCAAAGAUGCUGCCCUAAAUGAGAAAACAAAACACGCUGAAGAACUAACAGUCACCUUGAAUGAAUACAGAAUGGUAGUACAGGAACUGAAACUGGAGGUUAGCAGACUUCAAGAACACCUGUCCCAAUCCUAUCAGGACCAAUACGUGCUGCCAGGAGAUUUCCUAGAAAAUGUGAAGACCUGCUCACAGGCCCCUGCACAGCCACUCUGGAUGGAAAUUGAAGAAUCACAGAGACAGCAGUUUGGCGAGGCGGCUGAUUUGCCUAGUCCUUUGUGUGGGAUGUUGACAUCUUUGGUGACAGAUCCAUUGGCUUCAGGUGACAUUGGAUCGUUGGCAGAAAGGGCUGUGUAUUCUACCUUUCCAGAAACCACACCGCUCAGCUCAGCAGAAUUAGAUUCUGCAACAGCCUCUCAGGAACAAGCCUUAGUCCCAGUGUGUGGCGAGCUAAUCCCAACUGUUAGGGAGAAGUCAGAUGAAAACUUGUUUGAAAUCCUGCUUCAAAGGUUUCUGGUCUCAUCCAGCUGCCUCUUACUGCACAUCCUUUGGAAUCUGGUUCUUCUAGGGCUCCCUGCAUUCAUUGCACUGCUUGCAGUCUCCUUCUUAGUGCUACCGUUCAACCAACAACCUGACUGGGCUGAAUCCAAGGGAUGCUCUUGGCCUCAGUUGCAACUGCAGUACCUACAGCCACCACCUACCUAACACCAUUCCCUUUCCUAGCUUGUGGAGAGAAAAGGAAGCUGCUAAGAAGUCCUGAUGCAAGACAGAUAAAAGAACCUGUAAAAAAUAAAUGGAGUGAACCACUUUUAAGUUUAAUCUUCGUGUGGACACAACAUUCACAAUUAUUAUUUUUUUGCCAAGUCUGUGGGACAUUCAGACAGCUGAUUGCUCCCACCUAAUGAUAAACACUCUGUUAACUGGGAUCUAACAUUCCAGUAUUUUUGUGACUUGUGAAAAAAGUAGACUAUUGUCCAUUUUCAAAUGUUGCAUUUUUAGGCAUCUUUAAGAGAAGCCUUUUCAGCCUAAUAAAAAUCACGUUCAGGAAAAACAAAAGGUCUUCUUUCAUAUAAACAAAAGUGCAGGUCAGGAGUUUGGCUAAAGGCAACGGGACUGAUUUCAAGAACAGGCCCAUUUAACCACAGUAUUAGGCCCACAAAUAAUUUGAAGGUGUUAGGAGGCAUCUGCACAGGCAUGGAAUGCUUUUACCGUGCAUCCUGAGAAUGUUUGAAUUUCUGAAAAUCUCAAAUCCCUUCUAAAAUAUAGCCCUCCUUGUUGUAAGGAUGGCAUGAAUAGCUAUGCAGUGUCUCCCAUUCACGAGGUGCCUGGCCCCUCUCCUCUGCAGCCUCCAGUCAUAUUCCUAUCCAUUUGUUAGCCUUCUAAGGAGUGCCUACCCUCAGGAAUUAGCUCAUCCUAGGCUUGCCUUAUCCUAACCAUUGCAAUUAUUUUGCAGCUGCUGCAGAUUUGAACUACAAAUGAUGCAGCAAACACAUGAUUUCCCCAAAUUUGCAUUUGCCAGAUAGGGAAGGGAAAAUCAGCAGGAGGGGUGUUUGAUUGAUACACACACCCAAGCUUCACCCCUUGCUACUUUUGCAGGAGUCAGUAAGCUUCAAGAACAGAAAUUAGUCCAGAAAUUAUAGAGCUUGGAGGCGUCUUAUCUAAAGCCUCUCUCCACCCCCUUCCAUCACAGAGAGAACAGCAGUAGCAAAACAUAUAAAAGGGGUCCAGUAUGGUUAAGACCACGGGGGGGGGGUGUCCGUCCAAACUAAGUAAAUUCCUUUCAGAGGCAGCAUCCAUCACUUAAAAAAAAAUUAAGCAAGGAACACUUUCAUCUACACUACAAAAAUAUUUUUGCUUGAAAAGCUGUGCCCCUACCCCAACUAUCCCUGAAAUAGGUACUGGAGUACCUAGAAGGCCAGUUACAGAGAUAACAGUCUGCUUUUCUUUUGUCGUAUGUUUCCAGUGAUACUCAUAUGAAGUCAAAAGGGAAGAAAAACAUUGAGAACAGAACAACAGCAACUGAAUAGCAGGUAACUUGUAAAAUAAAUUAGGAGCUGGUUAUGAAAGCACAACCUGAGGUCCCGGUGGGCUGUUUCAGCAAGCAUGCCUAUCACACUUCUUGAAGAGUUACCACAUCUGCAGGAUUUCUGUUGAAAAAAUCACGUUCAAAAAAGUUGGAUGGAAACAAUAAGAACAGAACUAGAUAGAUGCAACCCAAAUAGGUACAUGAUCUUGAGAAGCACGUGGGGGUGGGGGAGAAAAUCCACAAAAUAAGGAGUUGAGCUAAACAAAGGCAACUCCUGGCUGAAAGGUACCAUAUUCUGAUAGAAGGCUUUGCUGAUUCUAGCACCAUUGUGAACAGACAACUACAAUUUCCUUGAAAGCCUCCACAUGUUUUGCAGUUUCCCAAAACAAUCUGUUCCAGGAAAGAUAACCAGAAAACUACCAUAAAUCUACCACACAUACCCUUUAGAAAAAGUCAGGUCUUGUAGAUCAGGUAGCUUAUUCACAGGUUUAUUCCAAGUGGUGGCAUUUAUUGUACAGAUCCUCAGGACCAUGGAAAAAGACCAAAUCAACACAGGAUUCCAAGGGUGGGAUUUUGGGGUGGGAUGGGGGGGAAGAGAAUAGGAUCAAAUAAUGACAGAACGUAAUUCCGAUGGCUUAUAAACACUAACGGGAUAAUAAAUUCAGACUCUUCUCUCUCCAUGCCAGCAUUUAAGUACCUAUAUCUCAACCCAUCCAAGCAACCCCAGGACUAUGCAGGAGACUAAAAAAAGAGGGAUGAUUAAGAGACCUUUGGAUCAUAUUCCUCCCUUCUGUUUAUAAAGAGAGUCAACAUCGCUAUACUCCCAAGAACCAAUUAGUAAAGGAGAGCAACAGAGGCAGGUUAAUUUAGGACACUUCUAUGGUGCAAAUAUUCAGCUAUCUCCAACAGUUGUUUUUUCACAAACAACAGGUGCCGCUGCCUUUGGAUGGUGGAAGCUGUACAGCCAUUUAAAAGUACCUCUCAUAACUUAUUGAUACCUCCCCAUCACCACACAUUUUUUAUAAAACUUGCUGAGCAAAAGUACAUUUCCCCAUUCAUUUUAAAGUGGGAGCUGUUGCUCAGAAGUUAUAACAGCCCAAAUGAAAACCAGAGAGAAACCAACUUAAUACAGAAUUUCAACCACCCAGAAGAAAAAUAACUGAGCACCAUCUAUUUUAAUAGUGGGGUGAAAUAUUCAGCUACGGAGAGGGUUUGGCUUUCCACAUUUUCUCUUUUGGCAUUCCUCAUUGCCACCUUCAGCAGAUCACCUUCUGUCCAAGGUUAACUUUAUUCCUCUGCUAGCAAAAAGACAAUGGUGCCAAGUCUAUGUGGCUUCCUCUUCAGUCUCAUGGAGAACCAAGGUGGGUAAAAUGCUACAAAAAAUGAGAAAGGCCCCUAAGGUUCUGACUGAGACACUGGCUUCGUGCUAACCCUUCCAUCUAACCUGCAGGAUCAGUCUACACCAGGUCACACUUAGGAGUGACCUCUAUAAUCCUAAGGACCAGAAACAAGAUGAUCUUUUAAAAAAAUAAUAAUGAAGGGGCAAGAAG